UAGAGAUGGUGAACUUUGUGGCAGCAGAGAAGCAGCUCGUGCAUGGGGUGAUGAAGAUGGCUGGGCUGAGGCCAAAGUCAGUGGAAAUCGAACCGGGAACAGUGAUGAACUUUUGGGCCCCAUCCUCAAGUAAAAGAAAGAAGCAUGAGGAGGUGGUUAAGAAGGGAGUGGUGGUGUUGGUUCAUGGGUUCGCUGCUGACGGAAUUUUUACAUGGCAGUUCCAGGUGGGUGCUCUCACUAGAAACUACGACGUCUACAUCCCAGACCUUUUAUUUUUCGGUGGAUCGACCACAUCCACAACUGAUAGGUCUCCUGCAUUCCAGGCACAGUGCCUGGCCAAGGCUCUCCAAGGGGCACUCGAUAUCCAUAGCUGCGUUGUUAUUGGCUUCAGCUACGGUGGUUUUGUUGCCUUCAACAUGGCCCACUUAUAUCCUUCCCUCGUUUCGUCCUUGGUCAUUUCUGGCUCUGUAACAGCCAUGACUGACUCCAUCACCCAAACAAUCUUCCAACGCCUGGGAUUCUCAUCCUUCUCCGACCUGCUUCUGCCAUCUGACGUCAAGGGUGUUAAAAAACUCUUAUCUGUUGGUGCCAAAAAGAAUAUAUGGCUCCCCAAUCGACUCUACCGAGACUUCCUCAAGGUGAUGUUUACUAACAGGAAGGAAAGAGGUGAACUACUAGAUGGUUUGGUAAUCAGCGAUAAAGAUGCUACCAUCCCCAACUUCUCCCAGACAAUACUUCUGUUGUGGGGUGACAACGAUCAGAUUUUCGACAUCGAGCUUGCCAAGAAUAUGAAAGAGCAAUUGGGUGACAAGGCUACACUCCAACGCAUAAAGAAGGCAGGUCACCUCGUUCAUCUGGAACGACCUUGCGUCUACAAUAAGUACCUUAAGGAAUUCCUUGCCCUCUCUGUACAAGCCAAUCGAGCUAAAUGACAUUGUUGAUGAACAAGCACUCAUCUUAUUUCCAUUUCAAACACAUCUUCUUUAGAACAUCUGCUACCAACACCUUGUUUACAGACCAAAUAAGCCCAAAACAAGGCAAGUUAGUUUGCCAAGUCAGCUUUAUGGUUUUAUUCGUUUUCUGUUGAGAAAACUUGGUAACCAUAAGAGUCCA